AGCUAUAUAAGUGAGUAAGUCCGCUUAUCAGUCAGACUGUAAAGUGUCGAAAUUUUACUUCAAUUCUCGAACCUUCCAUUUCGCCGAUUUUCUUCAGACAAGGUAAAGAUGCAGAAGUAUUUGAUUCUAGCCUGCUGCUUCCUCAUUUUCAAUGCAGGAAGAUCUCAAGCAAGGUCGAUCAAAUAUGACAGGAUUCGCGAUUAUAUGAGUACGAUGCCGCGGGAUAUAAUAGGCAAAAAUAUGGCGAUGAUACCCGAUUAUCCGACUAUGCCAGCAGAAGACAUCUAUAAAAAGUCAAUGAUGGAUAUAAUAGGCAAGAAUAUGGCCAUGAUACCCGAUUAUGCGACCAUACCUGCAGAUGCCUACAAUAAAAGAUCAAUUAAAAGCAAGAAAAGUGCGAUGAUAGCCGAUUAUGCGACAAUACCUGCAGAUGCUUACAAUAAAAGAUCAAUGAAAGGCAAGAAAAGUGCGAUGAUAGCCGAUUAUGCGACUAUACCUGCAGAUGCUUCCAUUAUGCAAUCAAGGCCAAUGGCGGACCAUUAUAUCCAGGAAAUACGCAUGGGAAUGAAAGACAUUGACUUUCGUCCAGUCACAGCCAUUCCUCCAAACAUUGCCUUACGUCCAAUUGAGACGAUAGGCAAGAAAAGUGCGAUAGCCGAUUAUGCGGCUAUACCUGCAGAAGACAUCUAUAAAAAAUCAAUGAUAGAUAAGAUAGGCAAGAAUAUGGCCAUGAUACCCGAUUAUGCGGCUAUACCUGCAGAUGCCUACAGUAUGAGAUCAAUGAUGAACUACAUGCCGACAGAAUAUAUCUAUGAAAUAGAAUGAAAACGAAUGCCAUUCACAAUUCGUCCAAAAUAUUUAGAUAAUGCCAGCAGAAAAAUCUCAAAUCCUGAUGAUAAUGUCUAUUGAUACGAGGCAUGCAUCAUUGUGAAUGAUACUCCAUGUCUACUAUCAGUGCAUCUUCCUAUAGAUUUCCGUCAAUAACAACAGAUUAGUGCAUACAAUAUAACAAACAAAUCAUUUGUUCAAAAAUAACCAAAAUAAACUUUUUCUUUUUUAUUAAUUUGCUAAAAUAUCUCUGCAUAGCAAUCAAGUAUUUUUUCAACCUUGUUGGUUUCUCACAUUAUCACAAAAUCUACAAAUGAUGAGAAGAGAAGGAAAUAGUGUAUGUUUCUUCCAACCAAGAUUAAAUAUCUGAUUACCUGGAGAUUAUAUCAAUAUAUAUCAAUAUGCUAACAAAAAUCUAUUCAAACAUUUGAUUUUAUGUGAUUUCUUGAAAUAUUCUUAUACAAAAAUCUGUUUAUAGUGGAUAUAUUUGAUUAAUAAAACACUUCUUUAAUGCGCUUUUAA